GUUUUGACAGUUGCCUCAGUAACACACCCACAGCUUCCUGUAGAUAUGAAGGUGGGGCGUCCGCGCGUCUUUUGUCCAAAACAAGAUCAACUUCCCUGCACAGCACUACCGAGACAUGGGGAAGCCUUGUCUGCUCUAGCUAGACGUCUGGCCGCAAAGAAGGCUUCUCGUCUGGUUCAUCACUAAAAGGACGUUGGGUUUAAGAGAUGUUUGCCACAGCCACCAGAAACUUUGUGGAGGAGGUGGAUAAUGGGGGUUUGCUGAUCCCAGUCUCCAGCCUGAAUGACACUAUUGCUCUUCUGACAGUGGUGGUGAAGCGCAAGCGUUUCUGGCUCUGGCAGAAGCCCAAGUACAUUCCCUCUGAUUUUAACCUCAAUGAUAUACUGACAGGAGACAUACCUAUGAAGCCAGAGGUCAUAGAGACAGACUUCAUUAAAUACAAUGGAACAUUUGGUGACAACAUCCAAGGAACCGUGGACGCAAAUUUUGUCCACUCCAAUGUGAGUGUCGAGGGAAAAGACUCUUCCAAACUCCAGUCAUCCUUCGGCAGUUUGAAGAAGGAGGAAGUGGAAGUGCAGAAGCUGCUCCAAGACUCCAAAAGCAGGGUCCUGGACAUGUCCCAUGAUCUGAUCCAGCAGACGAAGGAGAAGCCCAGACAGGUGUUUGGGUUUGUGAAGGAGCGUAUUGUGACUACUCAGCCCAGUUCGGUCAUAGAGGAGGUGCAGCAGGGAGCACAGUGUGGAGGAGGACUGAGCCUCUGUGGGCCCAAGAGAUUAAAGAUUUCAUUGAAAGAGAACGGGAGCUUGAGUAAAGACAGUAACAUCACCAUGGAGAUUCCCAUCCAUACUACAAUUGCCUACGGUCUUUUAGAGCUAGAGAUCAAACAAGAUGGCCGCUUUGAGCUGUGUCUGAUGUCAGACACCACUGGAGGUUUUGAAGUCGAUGGCGUUUCUAAGAGAAGACCAUUGGGUGUCUUUGGAGCCCCUGCCUCUGAAAAAAGCUACCUCAGACAAGAGCUGGAGCAACUGAGCAAUCAUUUCCAGCUGCUUUCGUCUCUUCCUGCCACCACGAGGUCCUUUCUGCUCCAGCAAAUCACCAAAGUUAUGGAGGACCGAGUGGCCUGCAGUUCACUUCAGAAUGCGCUGGAACAGAUGUGCUUGGAUAAGAAACCUGCCCUGGGGGAUGUCACAACGACAGAGCCCCAAAAACAGAACAUCCGAGCAAUUCUGGACCUUUUAGAGCAGUCUGGUCAGGUUGAGUCCACACCAGUCCUCACAGCCCUAAACCUUGUUACCAGCGCACUGGAUGAGAUGACAAAUGAUUGUGUUGCUGUCUUGGGAAUGUGCUGCAGCCUCACAGUGUUACAAGCUCUCGAGCAACUGGUGCAGUGUGUAACCGGCAAGGGGGAAUUGCAUCUGAGCAGCGCAGGCCUAGCUGCACUGACAGAAGACGUCUAUGAAAAAACUGAACAUCUAUUUGCCUCGUCUAAUGUGUCCCUGAAGAGAGACGGGGACACAUUGAAGACAGAAAUAAGCCACCUGGCAGGAAAUCGCCCUCUGGUCCUGUGUAUCGCUGUCAGAGGUCUCGCCUCAUUGGCCCACUGUGAUUGAACUGAAGACACGUUUACAGAUUAUCCACCAGAAACUUGAAACGUUACACUGGAAUGAGGUAAAGAGGAUCAUGUACCAUGGAUCACAUCAGUGUUUUUCUCUAUUUGGUGCAGUACACAUUCCUCUAAAACAGUGUUGCGUUUCAUUGUAGGAUGAUCAUAUAGAUAAAUGUAAUAGUGUUCAAAUAAUUAGUGAAUGAAUGCUUUAGUCCAUCAACAACAAA